AGUCCCAGCGGCGCGUACGGCUCUGCUGGAUUGGAUUCCGCGUUGCUCCGUUCUUUCGAUCGCUCGUAGCUGCGAAACUACUAUACACGCUCUCUCUCUCUCUCUCUCUCUCUCUCUCUGAAUACUGUAACGAUCGAUCUUUCGCAGUGGUCGUUAACUUCGGUCGUCGUGUCUCCAGUUUCCCGCAAAGUUUGUUUUUUUCCUCUCUGGUUUGCCAUAACGUGUCACACAUCGGGUUUUCGGAGUUCACGUGUCUGGAAGGAAAUAGAGGUUAUAUUGUCUAGUAGUGAGGCCGUAAAGUGCGAGAAGAGAUAAUCGUUUCACGAGGAUCAUCGUUUCUUUGGAAAAAUGGAUCGACCAUCGAUUUUUCGACUAUCGCCGUUUUUGAGUAACGGAGCCAACCGUGGACAACAAGCAUGUCGCUCGGUCAGGCACAGCUCGUGAAGUGGAGCCUUCCAGCGUUCGCCUUAAUUCUUGGUCUUUUAUGGUACAAACGUCGACGCGUGGAUCGAGUUGAUCCAGGUGGAGCUUCCAAGUUGAAAGGUGACACCGGUUUGGUCAACGGUAGCACUUCCAGUCCCAAGCCCAAGGUUAACGCCAACGGUAACCUCUGCGACUCCGGUAUUCACACCGACGAAUCAUUCUCCCUCAACAACUCCAACCAUUUAGCCAGCAGCCCCAUCGACGAGAUCAUCAGCCCCAGAAAAGUAAGCGAGAGUCUAGACAUACCGAACCGUAAGUCGAGCUCGUCCCUGCUGUCCUGCAAGUCGAUCGAGCUGAGCAACACGCCUUGGUACGAGGACGUCGAGAGCACGCCCGAGACGCGAGAGAUCGUGCUCGGCAGCAAUCCUAGCAAGAACGGCUUCGACUACAUGUCCAAGAGCAAGUCCUCGGCGGAACUGAACAAGAGCAAAAACUCCAGCAUCAUGGACAACGUCAUCGAGGAAGAGGCCCCGGCGACCAAGCUCGUGGUUGCUAAGAGCGAAGCACAGCAGGAGCAGAAACAGGAAGUGAAGGUCUCGCCGAGUGAGAAAAAGCAAGCGGUCAUCGAAGACAAUCAGACCAACGGCGAGGAGAAGAAGCAGAGGCAGGCCCUCUCCGAGAGAGACUCAGCUAACCACAGUCCCGUGUCCGGUGUGCUCGAAGGAAGCGUCACCGAUGAGGCCAGAAGCGAAGGCAGCACGGACAGUGGUAAAGGAGGCAGCAUAAAGUGCCACCUGAAGGACACCCACAUAACAACUUACGAGUUCGUGAUUCCGGUCAAACUAGUUGGCAAGCUCAUCGGUCGCGGUGGCAAGUUUCUUCAGCAGAUACGUAGCACCUCGGGUGUAUACAUCGCGGUAAGGCGUCAUCCUACCGACCGCGAUCUUAAGCUCUGCUGCAUCGAGGGCUUACCCGAUGGCAUUGCCUCCGCUCUUGAACUCAUACGGCAACAAUUUCCCGAGAAGAACUACCCACACCUGACCCUCGAGCAGUUUGAGUACCCGCCGCUGGUACCCGAGGAGGUUUCCUGGGUGCCGGAGCUCAUGCAGUUGUCCCUUAUCGAAGGUGUCAAUAACGAUGUUAUCGUCAGUCACAUUAUCAAGCCGAAUCAUUUGUUCAUACAGUUGCCCACACAUCCGACGUUCCCGUCGCUAAGAAUCUUGGACGAGAAGAUGACGCAGCUGUACGAGACUAACGAGUCACCCCCCGUACCCGAUCAACUUAACAAAGGCAUGAUUGUCGUAGCUAAGUGGUACAACAAAUGGGUUAGGGUAUUCAUUGAGAACCCAGACCCGAAAGGAGAACAGACACUGGCACGUCUGGUCGAUCACGGUGGUUAUUGGACGUUCAGCAAUGCUGAUAUGAGAAAAAUACGAUCAGACUACCUCACCUUGCCCUUCCAAGCCAUCGAAGUAUUUUUAGCGAAUAUUCAGCCGAAAGAAGAAGAGUGGAGUCAAGAAGCGUAUACCGUAGUAGCGCAAAUUUGCACUGGCAUUGUAGGCCAAGCACAAAUCGUAGGCUACGCCGACUGCAGCACGUUUAUAAACUUAUACUACAAUAUUCAUAAACACGGCGUCAUAUCUAUAGCAGACGAACUGAUAGCUCGAGGACUGGCAGAACCCAUGUCUUUAGAGGAGGUGGCUCCACAGGAAGUGCUAUCCUCCGUGUGAAUCUAAGUCUAAAGUUUAAUAGUUAUCGUCUCCAUUUGCGAAUUGAAAAUGAUAAAAAAAGUCGAGAGAAGAUAUAGGUAUGCGACGAAAGUGUGAGAGAUUUGCGAGUGAAGAUUGACGUUGAAUGCUGAAAAAAGUAAUUUUUUGUGAUUUAUGAUUACUGGAUCUCUAGACAAUUAAUUAUGCUCGUUGCUCUUUAAAUAAAUUAAAUCGAUUUUUCCGCCGUAACUUGAUCCGACAUUGGCGAUCGCGAAGUUUUUGCAUUUAAACGUUCAUAUUCUUUACUUUCGUUUCGUUUUAAUUUUAUAAAGCUAAAAAGGCGCAAUCGUCUAUAAUAUCGAUAAAUAAUAGAUUCGAUUGUAAAUAACAUUUAAUUAGCAGGCAAACUAUUUAGUUGUAAGGUGCUGUUGAUAUUUAAGAACGCCAUUUUAAUAUGUUAUAAAUUUAUAUUUUUAUGAAGUAUUAUAUGUGAUCGUGUGCUUAUCUUGAAGCGAAACUCUUUUGAGUAAUUUGGCUUUAAUUUAGUUCGUAUGUGUAGCUUAUUUAAAAAAUACCCAGAGUGUAAUAAAUAUUUUUCUGGCUAAGGUUUUCUAAGACGCGAUGUAUUUUUAGAAUAUCUCAGCUAAAUUUUAUAAACGAUUUGAGGUACAUUUUUUUCAUUAAUAAUAUAGAGAUAGAUUCAAAGAAUUAACUAAAAUUUAAAUUAAAUAACAGUUGUGAUCAAAUUUUUUAAGCCAAAUUUUUCAAGAUGUGCCCACUUUAGGAUAAAGUAUACUUGAAGGACUGUGUAUACUGCUUUAUAAACAAAUCUUUGACAUAUUAGAAAAGACGUUUUUAACAGUAUCUUGCUACUUAAUACAUAUAAACUGACAUUUUACAUAUUUCAGAACCUUGGAGAGUCUAUUUUAAAAAGUCGCCAUGCGUGCGUUCGAAUGUUACGGUGCAUUUCAAUUUUUUUCGUAUCUGUGCCAAUGUUUUUUCGUAUAUAUUAACAGAAGUCACUCGUUAAACUAUUAGUUAAAGUCUGUCGCUCACAACCUGCCGUUUUGUAUUUCUUUUUUGUACUUAUCUAUAUAUCGGUGUAUCUUUAAAUACUAUACAGUCUGUACUUUUAACUAGUUAAACUAAAAUUAAAGAAAAAGAAAUGUGCUAUUAAGGGCAGUGAAAUUGACAUUAAUCAGCCUCAUGGAAAAAUUUGGUUGAAUACAUGCUAUUAAGAGAUGAAAAUCGAUCGUAAAUUUUGGCUAAAUAAUAAGCAUGAAACGUUACCGAUCCUGUAACAAAUUUACCAAUAUCUAUAGUUCUGCAUGUACGGGAUGAUACAAAUCGAUUUGAGGUAGUAAUCACUUCACAAAAAUGUAGAUGUAGAUACAGCUGUUAUUAAUACCCGCGAUUGUUUAAUCAUUUUUUGAAAUUAGUUGUUCAUUGUCAGCCAUUUGCAAAUUUAAAAUUCCAAAUAUUUUUAAUACUUGACUGUCAAUUUUCCUUACAAUCAUUACAUACAAGCAGAAUCACUGAAAUUUUUCCGUAAGAAUAAUGAAAUAUCGAGUGCUCCAUAUAUAGUCUUCGUUAAUUUUAGAUAUUCACAACUAGCCUCACUUCAUUUGAUCGUGGAGGUUUAAAUUUUAAUUUCUACGUCAAAGGCAUACUUUACACGAUAUAAUUCAUAGUUCUAGAUACGACAAUGAAAAGAGUUCAGAGUGAAAGUGAAAGAGAUCUUAGAAUAAUUCUUGAAGUACAUGAUUAGGGCUACAGUCAAAGGAGACACGAUUAUCUUGAUUUGAUAUCGAGGUUUAAAGCCAUUUUGCAACGAAGAUUAAUUAACUGAAUUCGUUAAUUACAGGCUUAUUUACCUCAUCAUUGUAAAUAUUGUAACAUUACUAUCUCCGACUAUUAUAUAUUUAUAAUAUACUUACAAAUAGUUAUAUCGGAUAGUUAUUAGCUCUAUGCGUUAAUAGUGUGACGAGAUUUAAUGUAGUUUAUUUAUAUAUUUUACGAUCAUACGUACGAAUGCGAGAUCAUAGCUUGCAACAAAACACUAGGAUUUACAAAACAAAGCUACUACAAAAAUGAACUUUUUUAUUUAUAUCUACUAAAGAACAUCCUGUUCUACCUAUCAAUAGUAAUUUUCGAAAUAUAAAUUAAAAAUAAAUAUUUUCAUAAAUUGAGGAUUCACAUAUUUUUUACGGAAUUCAUUCUCAGAUUAUAUAAUUUAUGCAUUAAGUGAAACUACUAUUUCUGCAAUUGAAUUUUUACCUCUGUACCCGUCAUGGCAGUCUAAUGGAUAUCAAUAUUGUGCAACCUAGUAUCAAUAUUAUUACAAGUAUGUUUGAUAUAUUAUUGUAUAAAAACUGGUAUUGAUAUUUUUGAAGUAGUUUUGUACAUUUCUAUAUACCAGAAUAAAAGAUCACAAAAGCAUUUGAAUAUUCGUAAUGCUGGAUAAAAACAUAUUCUUUUCUAUAUGCAUGCCUAUAUGCACACUGCUAAAAUAAAAGCUUUUGACGGCGAACGUCUCAAAAAGAAUUAUAAACGCUAGGGUGAAAGCUCGUAAAAUCCUUCUAGUGGAGGGAACUGUAAUUUAAGGCUGAGAUAAAGUUGAAGAUAAUUCCACUGUCACAAUAUUUCGUAUUGACGGUUUCAUGGUCAUGAGGCUGGGGAUCGACGUAACGUGGCUCUUUAAAAACUCGUUACAAAUAGUUGUUUCUUAAUACUAAAAACAGAUCGAAAUAUUUUUCUUUAAUUAUUUGAUUGCAAUUACAAAGGUUUAUUAUACAAUGAUGUUACUAAGAAAAAUAGUAAUAAAAUUAAAAGAAAAAAAGCAAGGCCCUGCGAGGUUUUUGUAAAAUUGUGUAAAAGUUUCUCUGAAUUGUACACUUGACGAGAUUUGAAAUUAAUUACCUUGUUUUUUUCUGCUAGAAGUAAGAGUAUCGUAGUUAUCUUCAUUAUUUUUUUAAACCGAUCUUUCGUGAUUGAAUGACGAAUGAAAGGUGAUGUUAUGAAAUAAACCCAGUAAAAAUGUUAUUGCAAGGAAUAAAUUAUUACUUUUGUAAUAUUUAAGUUAAAAUUUAUCUUGUGAUCGAUCAUGAGAAUUUUUGUCAAAUUUUGUUUUUGUUUAUUUUUUCUAGAAAGCGAGCUAUACGCGACAAAGAUACGAAUGACAAGACUAUCAUAGUAGAGAGAGAAAAAAUGCUAAGAAAACGUCGAAAAAAACUAAGGUUUAUAUAACUUUUUUACUGCGCUUAGCUCGAGAAAUUUUUCUAUGACUUUGAAAUGUUACAACUUCAUACUUGAGAAAAACAUUGUUGAUGCGUAUAAAAGAAAAUCACGAUAGACAUAUUUUUGUAGAUGCAUACUUGCGAUUUCGCGCGAAGUCGCGCGAUUCUUGUGCCGAGAAGUUGAACACACAGCAACGGGGUUUUCCACCAAUAUGUACUAUAUUCUCGUAUAAACACUACUUUUUGCCGGCUAUGCGAUAUGUGAAAAAUUUUGUUACACACUGAUCGGUUAACUGUGAGAGGAGAGAGAGAGAGAGAGAGAGAGAGAGAGAGAGAGAGAGAGAGAGAGAGUGUGCAAGUAAAAUGAGGAUGAAAAUUUUCUCGCGAAUUUUGUUAUAUUGUACAAAAAUGAUAUAGUUUAAGCAAAUUUGUUAUAUAUUCAUAGACUGCAGUUUAUCGGCACAAAAAUCACGUCGCUUGACUAAAGUCCACUUUAAGUAACUUUCAGUUUUUAAGUAACUUUUUGCGGAUGUUUUGUACUUGUACAUAAACAGCAUCGUCGAUCAUAAUCCCCAGCUCGCAGGAGUUAUAACUUUUUUCAUUUAUUGUCAUAUCCGAAGAAAUUUUUCAGUUUUGUAUGUAAAUAUAUAUAUCAGUGUAUCUUUGGAGCUUUCAUUAAAUUUACGUUUUAAUUUAA